CUGAUCAGGUUUCUUGUCCGUUUGUUCCCAGGUGCUAGUGGUGACGUCCCUGCUGCGGUUUCUGCAGUGCGUGCUGCGUGUCCAGUCCUGGAUACUCUGCUUUCCUGAUCAUGUUUCUUGUCCGUUUGCUACCAGGUGCUGGUAGUGACUCCCUGCUGCGGUUCCUGCAGUGCGUGCUGCGUGUCCAGUACCGUGUGGUGAUCGUGAUUGACGACCUUGACUGCUGCGCGGCGGACCGGGUGGUCGGCGUUCUCGAGGCGAUGAACAUCCUCCUGUCCGACGAAGACGCAAACUUCAUCACCGUCUUGGCCGUGGACCAGAAGACCGUCGUCAACUGUCUCAAGACAGAGCUUCCGCAGACGGUGCCAACGGAGUCUAGCGGGUACGAGUACAUGAAGCGAAUCGUGCGUUUCUCGGUCUGCCUCCCGGAGGCGAACGUGAGCGGACGGAAGCAGUUGUGGCAGCGGGCCGUGCGCGGGAAGGACUCGGCGCGACACGACGGCGGGAACGUCGCCUGGAGGGACCGCAGAUCGGACAUGGAGGUGGCGGCGUUCCUAGAGAGGGUCGUCCAGGUUCUUCACCACGACCAAGAUGACAACGAGGACAAUGACAUCAUGCCGUACGUCCUCGGCAACGCGCGGCACAUCAGCAGCCUCUACCACGUACUGCGCAUGACCGUACGCGUCAUCAAGAACAGGGGCAUGCUGGGACGGGUCGGACCAAAGCAGGUUGCAUCGUGGGUGGUGCUGGUUGGACAGUGGCCCUGGCGGAUGGGUUGGGUAGUGCAGUAUGUGGAGGACGGGGAGCAAAAGUCGAAGAUCCGGAAGAGAGACCGUCUUUCCGCCAUCACCGAGGGAACGCCGGAAUCGGCAGACAGUGGAGUGCAGGGUAAAGGGGGGCUGUCAAGAGAGACGAAGCUGCACGAGGUGUACAGCCUUGUGCGGGAAGAGAUGACGAGAGAAAACAACCGGGAGGGAUGGAGGAGCUUCAACUCGCUGGACGGGGAUCCCGAACUGUUCGAACUGCUGCUGAUAGAGUCAGGUUUCACCGUGCAGGACAUGCUGAACCUGCUUCCCUGCACCGUCAACUUUAACUACUGCAUCAAGCAGACCAUCGCCGCCGCUAGGGGGCUCUCUUUAGAGUAAAGGGUUCCACAAUGGAAAACAAAAGAGAUGUACUAGUAAUUUAGACCUCCGUCAAGUGGACACUGCAACGAUUCUCUAUAGUUGAUCUUAAGGGGAUACAUGACACAAAUGACUACCAGUCUGAGAGCAAAUCCCUACCAGAGAAAAGUAUUUAGACUUUUUGAAAAUUUCAAAACCUUAAUCAUAUUAAUUGGCCUUGCAUUGAGCUCCAGGGCAUCUAGCCUGAUACCGUGAAUAAAAGAUAUU